CAGACUGAAGGCGUAAACGGUAAAGUUACAGAACUGGUCUGAUAAUGAAAGAGAUGUGACGGUGACGGGAAUCUGCGGAAAUGUCUGUCGUGUCGGUAUCUCUGUGUGUGCUCGGGGGGGUCGUCAUUGUGUGUGAGAUUGUGAGGAGAGCGAUUCCGAGCCUGUUGUCUGGGAACAGGAGAGAUUGUGGUAUCUACACUGCGGAGAUCAUUUCUACGGUUCAGCUUUGCGCAUGCGCUCACGAGUUAAAGCUUCUGUCGGAAGAUGCGCCUGAAAUCGCACUAAGCCUCACUUACGUUGUGUCGGUGAUCCACGCGCUGACGUUCCGAGGCGCUACCGGUAACCCAAAUGCGACGCUCGAGCGCUACUGGUGUAACUCUCUGGAUGGCGCAUGCGCACUGCGGAGGAUCGCGUGCCAGUUUGCUGCGUCCGUGGCUGCUUCUUUGGCGAUGCGCCGCACGUGGGCUUUCGGAUUCUCGGAUCUACACGCGCGCCAUGAGCGAGCCGGCUUCACGUGCGCGAGUCCGAUCGCUAACGUGCAUCUGCUGCAAGCCGUGACCGUGGAGCUCGCGUGCGCAUUUGUUGUGCACGUAGCCGUGACUCUCACGCGCGGUGUGGAAGAAAAGUACAGAGUGCACGCUGUAGCCGCCGUGAUCACUACAGUGGUGUAUGCAGGUGGCAGCACAACAGGAGCUGUGUUCAACCCGGCACUGGCUUUCUCAGCACAGUUCCCCUGCACUGGCAGCACAUUCGCAAAGAAUGGGCUCGUCUACUGGCUGGGACCCGUUUUAGGCAUGGCAUGCUCUCUCCUGCUGUUUCAUAAAGUCGGUAUGGCUUUUACAACAAAGAGCCCAUCUCACAAGGACCAGAACCUUCAUGCUGUCAAGAAGAAAAAGAAGAGAAACUGAACAAAACUGGAAGCGUGAACAUUGUUUCUUCGCUCAAUUUUAUAAAUGCUGGAUAAUGUUUUAGAACUAUAGCACAGGCGCAUAGGAAGGUAUCUGUUUUUAGCAGGACUUGAAAUAGGCGUUGGUUUGAAUGGGAUAUUUUAUUUUAUCUUACACUCUUACACAUCCUAUAAUGGUGAGAAGAGUUAGAACGUAAAUGUACAUAUACAUACUGUAUAUAUAAUUAUCUAACAAUAGAGUUAAUUAAUAAAUAACUGCUGGUGCUGCUAGACAUUACAGCAAAAAGUAACUGGAAAUUAGUAGCACAAACACACAACAGGUCAAAAGACCAGAGUUUGCAUGAAUUUAAUGUGAAUUAUCAUAACUUCCAUAAUAGGUGGAUAUACGGGUGUGAUGUUUAUAGUGUUUAUGGAGUUCAUUAAUCUUUACUCUAUACCCCUAUAAGGCGGACGAUAUCCAUGACGGACAUCAACAGAGAAAUGAAUGUUAUAUCAACUACUGUUUAAACGGUUUCACAGCUGCAGUUUAUAAAAAGUGUUGGAUGUCGUCUCUUUUGAUAGUGAAGAAGUGUUCAUUGUACGAGUUAGCCUUAAGCACAUACCGUGAAACAUUACAAAGCAAGAAAAUAGGUUAUUUUUAUGUUCAGACCUAUCCAUUGUUUAUACAUCAUAUUCAUAUUCAAGUAUGUACUAAAAAGUGUAUCUUUGUGUGUGAUGGAUAAGCUUUAGAGUUAAAAUUUUUAAAAAGGUAUUUGGACAAAGUUUCAACCAUGACAACAGAUAUGUCUCAAUCAGCAUGCUAGCUAACUCGCUAGUGGUGAAUCACUAUGUUGUGCACACUAUGUCAGGGCACUGUCAUGGACGCUGGAUCACUAAACAAUCGGACACUGAUGACUCAAAUUCUUCAGAAGUCAGUGUAAAAACCCAAACAUAUAAAAUAUUUCUGAUUUAUCUUCUUCUUCUUCUUGCGGCUUUUCCCUUCAGGGGUCGCCACAGCGAAUCAUCUUUCUCCACCUAACCCUAUCUUCUGCAGCCUCAACACUUGCACCCACUAGCUUCAUAUCCUCAUUAAUUACAUCCAUAUACCUCCUCUUUGUCCUUCCUCUUUGCCUCCUGCCUGGCAGCUCCAUGUCCAACAUUCUCCUACCAAUAUACUCACUCUCCCUCCUCUGAACAUGUCCAAACCAUCUUAAUCUGGCCUCCCUAACUUUGUUCCCCAAACGUCCUACAUGAGCUGUCCCUCCGAUGUACUCGUUCCUAAUCCUGUCCAAUCUUGUCACUCCCAAAGAGAACCUCAACAUAAAUCAUCUAAAUAUAGCUUAAUCAUACACUGGUCUCUCAUGGUCCUUCUUUCCGGAUCUGAAGAUAGCUAGUGGAUUUUUUAAAAUAUUUUUUAAUAUUAAACAGAUUAAGAUUAAACACUUCAAAAUUGCUAGGCUCAAGUCGUAUAUACUGUUGAACAUAUUAAUGAAAGUUUAAACUUCAUAAUUUAAGAGCUUCAACCACUACAAUGACAAGCUUAAUAGAUUGUAUAAAGUUCAGUUUGUCCGUUUUCUUUCAAGCUGAGAAGCUUCAGAAAAUAUGACCAUUCAUUUCGAGUGGAGGAACAUAGUAGGCUAAGAUGUUUCCUGGUUUUUCAGUGCAGGAAGUGAAUGUUCUUGAAGCCUUGAAGGACUUUGUAAUGAUGAGGGACAGUCAUUAAACUGUCUGACUCCCUGAUCAGUUCUCUGACAGCUAAACUCGGAGCUGAUUGAGACACACAUAAUGUUUGUUUCUUUCGAUUCUGAGCUAUUUUAACUGACAAGUAAUUAUUCCUCAGAACUAUUCCUUAAAUAUCAAUUCUACUAAUCUACUAAUAUCAAAUGACUACUAAUUAUACGCACAUUAUUGCUGGAAUUUCUGGCCAGGGAUGAAAUCUGCCAGUAGUCUGAAGUGAAUAUCUAAUAAAGCACAAUUCUAAUACCUCUGAUAUACAGACACUGGACCAAGCUAACUUCAUCAAUCCUUAUUUCAAUGCUAAUAAAUGUCUUGCAAUAAAGGAAUGGCAUUAUACAGCAAA